AUGCGACCGACGAUGCCAACAAUGAUGCUGACCACCUCUGCGGACAACAUCCCUCCAGAAGUCCUAGAACGCAUUGCACUCUUCCUCGACCCGCACUCCCUCACAGCCUGUAUCCGUGUCUGUCGCUUCUGGCUCGACUGCUUCCUGCCCUCACUUUACCACACAAUCCACGUCUACCAUUUCGACUACUUCUCGACAAACCAGGACUCAGGAUACCCUCGUCGAAGCGACGGUGUCGUCAGGACUGCAGAGACUGUAGGCUACGGAGGCCAGUUUGUUCACAAGCAUGGUCAGUUCAUCAAGGAUGUCACCGUCGGGACUACACACGCUUUAAAGUAUCUCCUUAGACCGGAAUGUGUCAACCUGGUUCGAGUCACGACUGUCGUCCCUGACCGCAACAUAAAGUUCCGAGCCAUGCCCAAGAGAAUUGAAGAGCUCAAGAGUUGGCAGGACCGGUUUGGUAGAGAUUACGAUGAGUCGCUUGUCAACCAGGUCUGGGAGCCGCUAUUUGUGCAGAACCCGGGGUUAUGUCGAGUGUCCAUCAACGCUUUACCUGGACGAGGAAAGAUUAUGGUCAGUAUGUGUAAGGCGUUAGGUGGACUGUCUCAGUUGGAGGAGUUACAUAUUAAGUACGUACUGGAUAGGAAUGUCAUGGAGGCGUUGAUGGAUUUUUGUCCGCAGGUGAGCACGCUGACGGUCAAAAUCUUCAUCAACAUAUUCACUAACCCGCGCCAGGACUUCCGGUCCCUCGAGAACUACGCCCAGAUCACCAACGAACCCAGGACACAGGUCAAGGAGCUGGACUUGUUCUCAUCCGGGCGGAUGGGGAUCCAACCUUGGAUCAUUCCCAUCCUCUGGCGAUGUCCCCUGCUGGAGAGAUUGGUCAUUCCCUUCACCGUUGGCGAACUGUAUUUCGGUCCCAUCAUGCGGACGAUUGUUGAGCAUUGCCCCAAGAUUCGAUACCUCAACGUCCGGAUCCAAGAACGGUUCACCUCCGCCGACACCAUUACUGCCCUGGACGACCUCCUAAACACUGGAUGUCCACGCCUGACGUCCUUGCGACUGUAUGAUGCUGCAGACAUAUUCCUGAUGGAACGUCAUUUCUGGAACCCGGAUCUGAAGGAGAGGUUGGAGGAGUUUUGGUGUUCUGCCGGGUCAAAGAGAUUGUUGGAGAGGAAGGUUCUGGGGGCCGAGGUUGGGUUUGGGGUGUUAGUGGUGUGUCCGAAUUUGCGGGUGUUUGUGACGCCGUUGAUGAUGCUGGAUGUGGACGAGUUUUUGGAGAUGGAGUUUGCUUGUCUUGAGAGGUUGGAGACUCUGCACCUUCGACUGCGGUGCCCGCCACGCAUCCAUCUCGUAGCUACUACUGCUGCUGCUGUUGCUGUUGUUGAAGGUGACGACGAGAACGAUAGAGUCAAGGAAGGAGAAGGGGAAGGAACGAUAACACAAUCAAACAAGACUGAAGAGGUCGCCCUCGCCCGACUGUAUUACCAGAGUAUCCAAAACAAGGUAGUCGACAAAUUGGCACAGUUCAGAUCGCUGAAGAAAUUGCUCCUAGGAAAGGAUCAUGACAAGAACGGUGCUGGUGACAGACUCGUUGAUUUCCAUUUGGAUAUGAGGGAAGGUGAGGGCGAGGGUGAAGGGAAGGUCAAGGUGUUUGCAGCGAGGAUGCCAAUGCUGAGGAAGCUGUGUAUUGAUGGGGUUAGUUAUUCGAAGGAGAUGCAGGCAUGCCGGAGCAGGCGUUGA